AUGGCACGCCAUGGGCUGACUGGGAAUGAACCUCUGACCAUCCUCCCUCUGACCUCAGAAAUGGAGGAAGCUGCCGUCAAAGCCCAUUACAAAGUCUGUGACCGCCUGAAGCUGGAGAAGAAGCAGAGGAGGAUGUGCAGGAGAGACCCGGGGGUGGCGGAGACCCUCAUGGAGGCCAUCAGCAUGAGUGCCCUGGAGUGCCAGUACCAGUUCCGCUUUGAGAGGUGGAACUGCACCCUUGAAGGUCGCUAUCGAGCCAGCCUGCUCAAGAGAGGUUUUAAGGAAACUGCCUUCCUUUAUGCCAUCUCUUCAGCAGGGCUGACCCAUGCCAUGGCCAAGGCUUGCAGUGCUGGGCGCAUGGAGCGCUGCACCUGUGACGAGGCUCCUGACCUGGAGAACCGCGAGGCCUGGCAGUGGGGCGGCUGUGGCGACAACCUCAAAUACAGCAAUAAGUUUGUCAAGGAGUUCCUGGGGAAGAAAUCCAACAAGGACCUGAGAGCCAGGGUGGACUUCCACAACAACCUGGUGGGCAUGAAGGUCAUCAAAGCUGGCGUCGAGACGACCUGCAAGUGCCACGGUGUGUCGGGGUCGUGUACCGUCCGGACGUGUUGGCGGCAGCUCUCCCCCUUCCACGAGAUCGGCAAGCAGCUGAAGCAGAAGUACGAGAUGGCGCUCAAAGUGGGCAGCACCACCAACGAGGCGACGGGCGAGGGGGACAUCUCUCCCCCAAAGAAAUCUGUCCCGGGUCACGGCGACCAGAUCCCAAGGACUACAGACCUUGUCUACAUUGACGACUCCCCGAGUUUUUGCUUGCCUUCAUUGUCUACUUUGUACACUAUGAAAAACCACUAGAGGCCUUCUUUAAACAGUCUAAAGACAACUGCUGCCCGUUAUCUUUUGUCCGAUUUCCUCGUACCUCGUAUCAGUCCAAAGUCACUCCGUGGAGGCUGCUUAAAAACCUCAACGCAGAUCGUCUCCCAACUGACCCGACGUGCUGUUUUGCAAGUCCGUCUUCUGGUGGUGGGUGGAGCCCUGUUGCCUCGUGGAGCCUAAUGCUGCUUAGACGUCCCUCGAACUGAACGGUCAGCCGUUUUGGACAGGUUUGCACC